CGCUUUACCCUCGGCGAUAGAGAUUUCGCCGAUUUCCAAGUGAGAGAGAGACGAGAGAUCUGGUGCAAGAUAGUAUGGUUGGUGCGAGGAGGCUGUGUCUGUGGCGUGUGUGGCGUGAUUGUCGCCAAAGAUUGGUGGUUGUGGGCAAGAUGGCUUAUCACUCACAUCAGAGGUCGGAUCACCUUGCUGGAGGCGAGCAUUAUGGCCUCUGUCUCAAGCCCACAUCAAUAACCUUGUUGUGGAGUCCUUUGUCUGCCUCGGCAGCCCUUACGCCCUUCCUCAAACCAGACAGAGCCGCCUCGCAGUCAACAUCAGAAAGCAGGACUGGCAUUCUCGACCCAUCGAGGGAAUGACGAAAGAUAAGAAAAUUAUAAAGUUCAUUGAAAAUACCGGCACAAGUGUGAAAGAUGGCAGAAACAGACAAGAAUGGCCAGCGAUCCUGUCUCGUCCUCGUCUUCGUCCUCAUCGUCGUCCACACCCGCCGUCACCACUGCAGUCGCCGCCCCGAAGCAACGAGGUCUGGAGGAUGCAGUGUCCAAACUCCUGGAAGGAUACGACUGGACGAUGCUUCCCAUGACGCAGAAAUCAUCCCUGAAGCACCGUGCCCACAUCAAGCGGCCCAUGAACGCCUUUAUGGUGUGGGCCCAAGCGGCGAGGCGGCGGCUGGCGGACCAAUACCCACAGCUGCACAACGCCGAGCUCUCCAAGACACUCGGGAAGGUGUGGAGAGUGCUGAGCGAGGAUGAGAAACAGCCGUUCGUGGAGGAGGCGGAGAGACUUAGAACCCAACACAAGAAGGACCAUCCGGACUACAAGUACCAGCCGCGCCGCCGCAAACCACCGAAGACACUCACCAGCUUGAUGGAGGGGGAGCCUGGCCCGCCCUCACUCCCUUACCGCGUGCAAAGCGGGCUGGUGGGCGGGGGCGGAGGCUACUGCACGGGAGUGGGUAUGGGCGUGACGCUGCCCGCCGCCCACGCUGCUCCACCCACACCACCCAAGACACCGCAGCACCAACUCACUGCCAGCAGAGGCGGGCCGUGUGGAAGCGGAGCAGAGGGUGGAGGACGGAGUGACUGCAGCUUCAAGGCCGCUGCCACUUAUCCGAGAGAUCACCAUGCCCAUGCCCAACUGUUCAGUCAGGGAAGCGGCAGCGGUAGCGGCGGCGGCGGGGCAAGCGGCGGCGGCGGCGGCAUAGGCGGAGCGGGAGGCAGUCAGUUCAUGGGGGAGACGAUGGUGGGAGCCAGGAUGGAGGCAGCCAUGGCUCUCCAGGCAGCAAGAGGCAACUUUCCUUCCUCCUCCUCCUCCUCUUCUUCCUCCUCUCCUGCUUCCUCCUCAGUCUCUUCUUUCCCUGCCUGUGCCGCCGCUCCUGGUUCCUCCUCCUCCGCCUCCUCAUCUUCCUUUUUCCGAGAAGAUUCCAACAUGGCCGCCUCGCUCAUGAGACCAACUUUCGGACAAGACUUCUUUCAGGGCCACGUGUUUGGAGGGUCUCAGGGUGCCGUCAACUUGCAAGGGGCGCAGACCUUCUACCACUAUGGGGCUCAGGGCCUCCACCACUACUACAUGACGCCCAGAUAACUCACUCCGCUCUCCUGCUGCCGCUACCACCACCACCACCACCACCACCACCACCACCACCACCACCAAUACCACUACCGCCACCACCACUACCUUCAUCAUAGCAGCAGUUUUGGAUACGAUAUUACUCUCUCUCUCUCUCUCUCUCUCUCUCUCUCUCUCUCUCUCUCUCUCUCUCUUUUUUGUUCUUGGUGACCAUGUGGAUGUGCCUUAUUUGAUACGUGUAACUAACGUGUUUGCCGUGUGUGUGUGUGUGUGUGUGCGCGUGUGCGUGUGUGUGUGUGUGUGUGUGUGUGUGUGUGUGUGUGUGUGUGUGAGAGAGAGAGAGAGAGAGAGAGAGAGAGAGAGAGAGAGAGAGAGAGAGAGAGAGAGAGAAUUAUGGUUGGUUGUGUCUCUUUUUUCUAAGGUAAACAAUGUACGUAUAUUAUUGAGUAAAAUAGAAAUAAAUAUUCAACGUUAA